AAGUCGGGUUACUCGUCGUGGUGUGGCAGUAACAACAGCACUGCGGCGUAUUUCCGCUUGCCACAUCAGUCCUCGUCCUCCUCCUCCGUAGCAGCAGCAGCAGUAAAUGUAACGUCAUCUCCGCAUCAGCAGCAACAGCAGCAGCAGCAGCAUCACCAUCACCAACAACAGCAGCAGCAGCAACAGCACUUGCAGCAACAAUCGCAGAUGAAUCACCAUCAACAACAGCAACCUCCGCCGCCGCCAGCACCUCAUCAUCAUCCACAUCAUCAUACGCAUCAUCCGGCAGCGUCGGCGGGGGCUUUGCAUGGACUCCCGCAUGGGCCGCCACAUCUGCAUAACAUGGCUCAUCCGCAGAAUCAUCACCACCCGCAACAGCAGCCGCCACCGCCACAGCAGGGUCCCCAUCAACACUACGCGCAUCCCCAUGCUCAGCAACAGCAACAGCAGCAGCAGCAGCAAUUGACCUUCGCCGAGACGACCAAGUCUACCAUCAUGAAGGCGGCUGCGGCGACCGGUGGCGGUAGUGCAGCCGCCGCUGCGGGAGGCUACGUAUUGCAGGAGAACUACUACAACUCGGCGACGGCGGCAUCAUCGGCAGCAGCGGCUGCAGCACUGAUCGGCCACUCGCCAUACGGUGUUGGGACCGUUGUUCCACCGAUUGGCGCUGGUGCUGCUGGUGUAGGUGCUGCGUGUGCCGCAGCUGCAGCGGCGGCCGCCAUUUCGGCCAGCAAACCCCGGUUUAAACUCUAGAAUGCAGUCUGUCACUGUUGAAAAACGAAGAAAGGAGGAGAGGAAUGAAUGUAGCAGGUCAAGUGGAAAAGGAAAAAAAGAAGUACCGGACGGAAGAGAAACGGAAAAGGAAAUUUCAUUUAAUAUAAACGAUAUCCUUAAAUAUUAUUGAUAAAAGAAAGCAAGCAAAAAAAGAUACACACAAUACACAUGCGAAACAGAUCCACAAAAAGAAAACAUUAUAUAUACACAGGUCGCAUUAACGAGCAGAGGCGCAAAAGUAUGUGGGAAAUUGAUACAAAAUGAUGGCAAACAACAAACAAACAAACAAAAACUUAACAUGUACAACACAACUAUCAUCCCCACCUCCAACCCUCAUCCUUUUACCCAGUUAAAGGAAACUUAGUUUUAGACGCUAAGCGGAUGGAUGGAAGAAACGUAUUGAAAAGUAGCAUCAGCAUGAGUUGAAGGAAACAGAUAUUGAAACGUUCAAUGUACGUACUCCGCGGAUAUGGAUUUAGCUUUACUGCACCCCAUCAGCGGGGUGCAUCAAAACGCAAAACUAUUCUUCUAGGAAAGCUUCAUUCCGGGCCGCGAGAGUUAUACUGAGACUUACAGGGUUAAAAUCUCAAGAUGCGGAACAAUGCCUCUCUCGGUUCGUUGCUGCCUUCGCAUCGUAACCUAAAUAAGCAACCAAAAACGAACCAGGGACGGAACAGGGGGACACUCUGAGUGUCGCAGGCGUCGUGAGACUGAACCUUUGGUUGCUAUUCGGUUUGGUGUGAGUCGGUUUUGUGUCCCCCGCGCGAAUUUCAUGAAUCAAAAAAAAACUUACAUCGAAAAGUAAUAUUGCCUACGUUUUCAAUGGGUGUCGAUACGAGAGAGGCUUUAAAUACAAUUUACGAAAUCGCUUAAAGGAACAAUAUGAGGGACUUCGUUUGCAACAAUAGAGCUCAGCUGGGAUCUGGGAGCCGGACGCGUUUGCAUAUGGAGAGCGAGAGAGAGGAGGUUGCGAAUGUUUCGUUAAAUUUGGUCAUUUGUCUGUUGUAUGCCACAUUUUAAAGGACUUAUAGGAUCCUAGGAAACAAACAAAUCCUUAUCUAUUGUAACACAGAAGCAGUUAAUGGACGAUGGAUGUUUUUAGAGGGUACAUUGAUAUGUCUAAAACUAGCAGCAACAGUAACAACACAAGAAGGUAGAGCAUAGUCGAGCGAGACAGCAAGAGGAGACCGUUUAAAAGUUUCCUCGGUAGAAGCAGGAGUUAGCGACGCACCGUAUCGUUGUUAUGGUGGAGCGGAAGUAUGCCUCUAAAGCAUACCUCUUUACAACCGUUGCGACGCGCGACAAUGCAGUUCGGGCGGCGAGAGCAAGUCAAGUGCUCAUGGAUGUGGCAGGAAGAAGGAAGAUUGGAGCAACACGAAGAAUUUUGUAAUAGUGGUUAAUUUGAAAUUAUUAUGGAGCUGAAGAAGAAAUAAUCCUAACACGAAACAACAAAACAAAUUCUCUCCCCGCUUUGGUAUUGGAUUAUUUAGUGGAGUUCUUAUUGCGUUUGGAUGGGGUGAAGAGAAUGAAGAGAAACGUUGCGGGAGCAUGGCUGGUGAGGCAAGGCGGCGACGAUUUCGGUGACAUAAUCGAUGGUGAGUUGUUGGAAAAUUUAAAGAAUCGGAUUUUGGAGCGGUCGCCAUUUUUGGCCUCAUUGCGUAGUGCUAUAAACUUCUUCCUAAUUUUAGUUUCAAAAGCCCGCAGGUAGCAAAGGUAUAAAUGUUUAUUUUUGCCCUAUUGUGUUACCAACUGCCACGUGUAUUGACCGUAAUUGGUGCGUGGUCCUGUUUCCUAUGCAUUGUUGAUUACGUAGUUGUGUUUACGCUUAGAGCUGGAAAAAAUGACGUGAAAUCUAAUCGGGAAUCAUUACUACUCCCCAUUUGGAUGCAUCAGAAAACGUAUGCCAUGUGGGAGUAGAAUUGAAGAGCUGGAACUGCUUAAAUCAUCGGUUGGGGUUCGGAUUAUUUUUUACACGAAAUACACUGUAAUUUUGAGUAGCGUGAUAAAAGGUUCACUGACACUAGUAACAUCCUCAAAUCAAGAAAAAAAAACAUCGUGCAAGAACGUGCAUAUAAGUAUAUCCCCACGCAUACACUACAAUUAAACCGCAAUGUUUCCGUGAUAGAGCUGAUGCAUAAGGUUAAAAAAGGGCAAAAAAAACAUGUAAAAAUGGAAACUGAUAAAAUAUCAGCCUUUUAGUGUCGAUGGACGUCUACAAAGUAUGUAAUGGAACUGUCACUUAAACAUAAAAAGUAUAAAAAUGAAAGAGGAACAAAGAGCAGAAAGAAGCGAUGAACGGAUAAGCAAAUAACAUGGCAGGAAGGUAGGGAAACACGUCUAAUUAUCGUACAAAACAUUAAGAGAACAAACAUGAAAUAGAGGGACAGGAAGUUUAAAGAACAGAAUUUAAAGUAGACGACCAACUUUUACCACACGUAGCGAGCCAAACGUAGAGAACGCAACCCAUGUAACGUUUUUUCACCCAUCGCCAUCGUCCUGUAAGGAAGAACGACAGAAGGCGAGACACUACGCCGGAUGCAGGCGAAGCACGCACAAUACGAAUCGCCGGAUGAUCCUGUUACGGAUGAUUUGAACAAUGUUUUUUGCAAGACUGCUGGUGGGAUUCGUUCAUGUACGGAUAAUUCAGUUCCUUGAUUUACAUGAUGUUGCUGGUUAGGUAUUAUGUUUGAGCGCGU